AUGGGCAAUCGAUUUGUUGCUAAAAAUGCCAAUUCGAAUGCGCUGACUGACGAAGAAAUUGCUGACUUGCAAAAGAUUUCCAAUCUCAGUUUUGAUGAUAUCAAGAAUAAUUACAAGGCUUUCUUGGAAGAUAACCCAUCAGGUAGAAUGGACAAAAAACGAUUUAUUCACUGGUACGAUCUACUAAAGCCUGAUUUCGAUAUUAAAGAUGAAGUAGCUUGCGAAAAUGCAUUUGCUGCAUUCGAUAAAAAUAAAGAUGGAACAAUUGACUUCAAAGAAUUUACUACGGCAUUGGCUUUCCUCAGACCAAAUACGGUAGAGGCACAUGUCGAUCUGUUUUUUCAAAUGUAUGAUGUAUCUGGUGAUGGCUGUUUGGAUUGUCAGGAACUAAUAGAUGCCUUCGAAUCUAUUAUCUAUUUAUUGGCAUUGGGGAAAAAAACAACUCCCAAAAGUGCGAAACAGAUGGCUUCAGAAGUAUUUGUCAUGUUUGGUCUGAAUGAGGACGCAAAAAUAACGAAGGAACAAUUUAUCGAAGGAUGUAAAAAAAAUCCUACUCUUCGUGAGAUGUGCCUCAUUUGA